AUGGGCAGCAAAAAGAAACGUACCCGGUUUAUACGCCAAAUGCAAUGGACUACAUUUGAAAAGGCAUACAAAGAACCAUCCAUUGUUCUUUACGUAAAUAAAUCACUAGAACCCUCCGAUGAAAUAACUAGAAUGAUAUUUAAAAUAUUAAAACGUCCACCAGAAGAUGUUGUCAUUCGCCAGUUGUCUGAAGAGAAUGAAUCGGACAUAAAUGCAGAAAACAACAAUAACAAGAAUAUUAUUGUUGCUGAUAAUAAUGACUGUCAAAAGAAUAGAAAUAUUGGGGAUAAUAAUGGCAACGAAGAUGACAGAGAAAACGGAAGUAGUUCUAACAAAAAAUACGAAAACAAUGGAAAAGAAGACGGUGGAGACGAUGGAGAUGGUCCUAAUGAAACAAAUGGUGUAAAUUUAAAUGGAUUUAUCAAAGCGAGCGCUUCCGCAAAUAUAAAAUUCGAGGAGAUUAUCCAAAAAGUCACAAUGCAGUUUAUUUUGCGAAUGAAGCACCCAGAUAAUAAAAGUGACAGACUGGAUAUUAUAGUCACUGAUAUAUCCAUUUCUGGUGGGAGAAUGUUGUCGAGUCAAUCAAAACCAAUCAAAGUCAUAGGAGUCAUAGGAUAUUACCCGAUCGAAGUUCAAGUUUCUUUUACUGCCAUUUCAAAAUUCUUAGAAGACAAAGACAGCAAUUUAAUUAAUUUUGCAAAUGAAUAUACCCCAAUUCAAAAUAUAAGUACACAAACGCAUACCAAAACCGAAAUUAUUAGUGAGAUGAAUGUUCCAAUUGUCACUAUAACAACUGUUGAAAGUGGUGGAACAAGGUUUUUAUGGGAACAUGCUUUAAAUAAUAAGGAAAAAAAAAUUCCCGGAUACUCUGCACCAACACAUAAAGCUGAUUUUGAGUAUGAAAAAGUUCUAGCGAAAGAAUUUGAAAUAAAGAUGGAAUUAGUUUUGGCGUCAGAAUUUAAGAGACGAUUUUUAAAAUCUCGGGUAAACAAACUUCCAGAAAAGCUGCGAUUUUCACUUUCUAUAACAAUAAAGGAAGAUAAAAUUCAUGAAAUAUUUAAGGGAAAUAGCGAGACAAAAUGUACCCAUCGGGAUCCCUUGAAGGCCAAUGAAAGUGAAUGGUUUCAAAGAUAA